AACAGAGCUAUUUCAACAGCUAUAACACUGAAGUCACGCAUUCAGACAAAGGAAGAGCAGCAAACAACAGCAGACAGAGAUGGACACAGUUCUUCUGCUCAUCAUGGCAGGGCUGUGUGCUGUCUCAUCACAUGCUGAACGUCAGUACCAUGUUGUUUAUGACCUGAAGAACUGGACUGAAGCACAAAGUUACUGCAGAGAGAAAUACACAGACCUGGCUACUGUCGACAACAUGGAGGACGUGACGACCCUGAAGAACAUGGCAGAUAGAAGCAAACUGACUGGCUCAGAUCUCUUUGCCUGGAUUGGACUGUACAGAGACAGCUGGAAGUGGUCACUGUCAGACACAAGUUUCUACAAACACGGGGAGACAGAGUUCAGACGAUGGAGGGCUGGAGAACCAAGCAAUAUUGACAGUGCAGCACACUGCACAGCGAUGGAUGAGGAUGGACUAUGGAACAGCCUCCUGUGUAGUAACAGCCUUAAGGUCGUCUGCUCAUAUGUCAGAGGGUCGGAUGUGACAUUUAUCCUCAUCAACAAAUCCAUGACAUGGACUGAGGCCCAGAGCCACUGCAGAGUAAACUACACAGACCUGACCAGUGUGAGGAACAUGACAGAGAACCAGAAGGUACAGGAGCUGAUACCUGCAGGAGAACGUGUCUGGAUCGGCCUCUUCAGAGACUCCUGGAAGUGGUCGGAUGGAAGUACCUCCUCAUUUAGGCACUGGAGACCAGGGCAACCUGAUAACCAUGGAGGGAAUGAGCGUUGUGUGGCUGCAUACUUUUACUUCUCCGGACAAUGGUUCGACUUGCCCUGUGACGACAGGAGAGCGUUCAUUUGCUACAGCACACCUACGACAAAACAAGUGUUCAGACUGAAGUUUCACACACAGGACCCCUCUCUGGAUCCGAAUGACCCUGCUGUGAUGGAGGACACCUUGAAGAAGCUCAAACAGAAGCUGAAGGACCAGGGGCUGGGUGACAACAUCAAACUGAGCUGGAGGAAGCAGCCAGAUGGAAAAGUCUUCCACAAGGAAGAGAAGAAGAAGAAGAAGACCAAAAGGAUGAGCUUUAAGGCUGAAUUGUUGUGUUUGGUUUCAUCAGAGAAAAGUGGAUUUCUUUCCUUAAAGUCUUCAUGUAAUGGGUCAGAAUAGAUCUGCAACAAUUAGCUGAUUAAUCCAUCAGUCGCAACUAUUUCAACAAUCGCUUUAUCCUUUUAGUCAUUUUGUAAGCUGGUUCCAGCUUCUCAAAUAUAAGACUUGAUGAUUUUCUUUGUCAUAAAUUAUCACAAAUUCAAUAUCUUAAACUGUUGGUCAAUUAUAACAAGACAUUAGUCUUUAUGUGUUUGGGCUGUUGGAAAUUAUUUCAGCCUUUUUCACUAUUUCCUGACAUUUUUCACUUCAAAUACUGUGAGAUAAAAUAAGUUAAGAUACUUUAUAAUAAGAUUUGACUCAAGAAACAAAAACAAACACCUUUAAAAAAGAUGAGCUCUGAUGUUUUGCGAUAUCUUUCAAACCUUUUUUUUCUCUUUAGGAUGGCACAGUGAUGCAGUGGUUAGCAUUGUUGCCUCACAGCAAGAGGAUUCCUGGUUUGAACCCUGGGGUGGGGGAGCCCUCUGUGCAUGUUCUCCCUGUGUCAGCGUGGGUUUCCUCCAGGUGCUCCAGCUUCCUCCCACAGUUCAAAGACAUGCAGGUUAAUUGGUGACUCUAAGUUGUCCGUAGGUGUGUUAACCAACCCCGCCCCCGGUACACCCUGGAACUCCGCACCAUGAAACGGACUGGCCGUCAACUCGAACGACUAUACAAACGAACCCACCUCACCGUUCACGCCGAAGCCUACAAACAACACAUCUCCUGCUACCGUGAUGCUCUCCAAGCUGCCAAAUCCGCCCACUUCUGUACCCUCAUCAACAGCACCAACCGGAACCCCCGCAUCCUGUUCUCCACCAUCAGCAAACUGCUCCAACCACCGGACAUCAAUCCACCCUCCUCCCCUGACCUCUGCAACUCUUUCCUCCUCGCCUUCAACAAUAAAAUCUCCCAAAUCAACAGCUCCCUGACUGCCACCAUCAGCAACUCCUCCUCAUCCCCCACCGCCCCUCCCGAGUCCUCUGAUCUUCCUACACUCUCAUCCUGACCGCACCAACAUCCAGACUGAAAACCUUUGGCGACAGAGCCUUCUCCAGAACAGCACCCCGACUAUGGAACUCCCUCCCCCAACCUGUUUGCCACGCUCCCUCACUUCCCAUAUUCAAAUCCCGCCUGAAAACCUACCUCUUCUCCCAAGCCUUCGACCUCCCCUACCCCUAACCACCUCCACCCCACUGACUGUUCCUAUACCGCCUGUGUCACAUCCCAUCAUUUCUUUUGUUCACUAUGUUGUCUUCUGCUUGUUCCCCCGUCUGUCACUACCCCUUUUGUGUUACUAUGUAAGCGUCUUUGGGUCAUUGAAAAGCGCUAUACAAAUUAAAUGUAUUAUUAUUAUUAUUAUUAUUAAUGUGAGUGUGAAUGGUUGUCUGUCUCUAUGUGUCAGCCCUGUGAUAGUCUGGUGACCUGUCCAGGGUGAACCCUGCCUCAGCUGGGAUAGGCUCCAGCCCCCCCGCGACCCCCAACAGGAUAAGUGGUUCCAGAAAAUGAAUGAAGGAAUUUCUUUCUUUAUUUAAGGGUAAAAUUGUGUCUAAAACUAUUUGUUGUCUCCCUGUAAUGUGUCAAAAUAUCUUCAAAUGAGUUGUAUAGAAAUUAAUUACAUGUAUUUUUUCUCCUGCUGUCACCUUAUUACAAACUUUGAGGAGUGUCAAUCAAUCACACUUUAUUUAUAUAACACUUUUCAUACAUUCAAAUGUAGCACAAAGUGCUUUACACAAUAAAAGCACGCAAAACAAACAAAACCCAAAACCCCAAAAUAAGUAAUUAAAUAGAUAAAUUAACAAUAAUAACAAUAAUUAAAAGAUGACUUAAUAAAAAUAGUUCAAAGCAAAGUUAAAAAGUUAGCAUUAAUAUGAGAACAUAAAAUAAACAACUAAAAUGAUACAAUAAAAAGGUUAAGUAAACUAAAAGACUAAAUUAAAAUAUAUAAUUAAGAGGAAAUGAUAUAAUAAAAACUAUAAAUAAAAUUUAAUUUAAAGCCAGGCUAAAAAAGUGAGUCUUAAGUUUGUUUUUAAAAAUGUCCACACUAGCAGCUGCUCUCAUGUCUUCAGGAAGGCUGUUCCACAGGCGUGGAGCAUAAUAAUAAAAAGCUGCUUCACCGUGAGUUUUUGUUCUAACUUUAGGAAUGAAUAAAAGACCUCUAUCUGAAGACCUGAGAGUUCUGGAUGGCUCAUAAGUUAAAAGCAAGUCUGAUAAAUAAGAUGGACUUAGACCAUUAAGAGCUUUAAAAACCAAUAAAGAAUCUUAAAAUCAAUCCUGAAGCACACAGGUAACCAGUGCAGAGACUUUAAAAUUGGUGUAAUGUGAGCUCUCUUUCUGGUCUUCGUUAGCACUCGUGCCGCUGAGUUCUGGAGUAGAUGUAAUGGUGCAAUAUUCUUUUUAGGAAGACCAGAAAGAAGAGCAUUACAAUAAUCAAUCCUACAGGUAAUAAAAGCAUGAAUUAGUGUCUCUAUGUUGGCUUUAGAGAGAAAUGGACGCACUUUGGCAAUGUUUUUGAGAUGAUAAAAACCGUUCUUGGUGAUACGUCUGAUGUGGUGUUCAAAGGUUAAGUUUGAGUCGAAGACCACACCUAGAUUCUUAACUUCAUCAGAUGGUUUUAAUUCUAGUGCUUCUAGUUUAAAAUUCAGUUUUUCCCUCAGUGCUUCAGGACCGAUAACCAGUCCUUCUGUUUUGUCCUGGUUGAGCUGCAAGAAGUUUUCUGCCAUCCAUGACUUAAUGUCUAAAAUACAGUUAAAAAGGGCAUCAAUUGGCCCUGUGUCAUCAGGAGACACGGCAAUGUAAAGCUGUGUGUCAUCCACAUAACUGUGGAAAUUUAUACCGUGUCUCCUAAAGACGUCACCGAGUGGCAGCAUGUAGAGAUUAAAAAGAAGUGGACCUAAAAUUGAGCCUUGGGGGACACCACAAUUCAGUUCAUAGCUCAUAGAUGAACAUUCAUUAAAACUUACAAAAAAAUCUCUGUUGCUAAGAUAGGACUGAACCCAGUUAAAAACAGUACCAGAUAAACCAAUCAAGCUGUGAAGUCAAUUUAAAUGUAUUCCAUGAUCAACAGCAUCAAAAGCUGCACUUACGUCUAAUAAAACCAGGACUGCAAGAUUUCUCAUGUCCAGUGUACAUCUAAGGUCAUUUACAACCUUAACAAGUGCAGUCUCAGUACUGUGUUUAGCUCUAAAACCAGACUGGAAUUUCUCAUGGAUAUUUUUGGAAAUGGUAAAAUCAUUCACCUGAUUAAAAACAAGCUUCUCUAAAAUCUUACUUAAAAACGGCAGAUUGGAUACUGGUCUGUAAUUAUUGGGGUCCAUAACAUCCAAACCAUUCCUCUUCAGAAGGGGCUUAACCAACGCGGUCUUAAAAGCAGUUGGAAAAACACCCAUCUGAAGGGAAUAAUUUACAAUAGUCAAUAAAUCGUCAUCUAAAAUUGUUUAUGUGACUUUUUAUGAUACUGUUACAUCUUCCAAGCACAAAUGCCAAAUAUUUGCUGGUUGCAGCUUCUCAAAUACGAAUAUUUGAUGCUUUUCUUUGUCAUAUAUUAUUAUAAGUUUAAUGUUGUUGCUGUUGGUCGAUUAAAACAAGACAUUAGGGUUUAUCUGUUUGGGCUGUUGGAAACUUUGACAGACAUAUUUCACUAUUUUCUGCCAUUUUAUACAUAUAAUAGUUUUAGAUAAGGUAAUAUACAAUAUGAUUUUAUAAAUAUUAAGAUACUAUAAGAUGAGAUAAAAUAGGAUUCGACUGAAGGCAAAUCCAAUGAAAAAAACACCUUAAAA